CAGCGCAGGAUCGCGCGCCCGGACAGCUCGCUGGGAUCCCCGUCGAGGCGGCACCGCGCCGCGCCCGGAGGUGCGCGCCGAGCCACCGGCUGGGCCAGCCCCGCUCCCUCCCCAUCCCCGCCGCCGCCGGACGACCCGACCCCGCCGCGGCGCCCUCCGUCCCGGCUCCCGACACCUCCGGCCGGCAUGAGGCUCCUGGCGGCCGCGCUGCUGCUGCUGCUCCUGGCGCUGUGCGCCCUGCGCGCGGACGGGUCCAAAUGCAAAUGCUCCCGCAAGGGGCCCAAGAUCCGCUACAGCGACGUGAAGAAGCUGGAGAUGAAGCCAAAGUCCCCGCACUGCGAGGAGAAGAUGGUGAUCAUUACCACCAAGAGCAUGUCCAGAUACCGGGGCCAGGAGCACUGCCUGCACCCCAAGCUGCAGAGCACCAAGCGCUUCAUCAAGUGGUACAAUGCCUGGAACGAGAAGCGCAGGGUCUACGAAGAAUAAGGUGGAGAAAACAAAUCUGAUAGGAAAAAAACUCCAGACCGGUUGGGAGACUUCAGCAAAGGACUUUGCAGAUUUAAAAAAUCAAAACCCUUUCUUUCUCACAGGCAUAAGACACAAAUUAUAUAUUGUUACCAAGCACUUUUUACCCAGGGUCGGUUUUUACAUUUUAUAGCUGGAGGCGAAAGGCUUCCAGAUGUGAGACCCAGCUCUCCUGCAGACUUUUGUGUGUGUGUGACAGGCGGCUCUUUGCUGAAAAGGGAGAAACUCAUGCCUUUCCUUUUU